GGGUGUCAAACCGAUCAACAAACAUUUAAGGAACUCUUGCUAUGUCCGUGCAUGGCGGUGUGGGAAGCCCGUCUCCCCGGAGUUCUAGCAGUUGGGGAGGCGGCUGGCAAAGGCCGCCAAAGCGCUGCCGGCCGGGGCCCGUCCCCGAUGCGCGGGGCGGGGAGCGGGUCAGGCGCGGUAUCGGAAAGGGGGCGGGGCCAGGGUUCCGUAGAUUGCUGCUGGGGCGGAGCUCGAGGCGGAGGCGGGGCUCCGAGGAUCAGGGAGCCACGCCUGAGAGUUCAGGCCUCUGGCUGGGGCCGAGAUGAUGGAGGCUGCAGCGGCUCCGGACGCGCUCCUCUCCGGGGCUUGCGUGCUUUUCACCCUCUGCAUGUUUUCUACCGGCCUCUCGGACCUCCGGCACAUGCAGACCACCCGGAGUGUGAACAAUAUCCAGUUCCUGCCCUUUCUCACCACGGAUGUCAACGUACUGUCCUUCUGCAAACUGCUGCCCUGCUAGGUCUUCUCCUCUUGGGCUAUACCUACUUUCAGCUCCUGGUGCCUGAUUGGACUUCCAGGCUGAGGCAGCUGGGCCUCUUCUGUAGCAUCUUCACCAUCAGCAUGUACCUGUCACCCUUGGCUGACCUGGCCAAGAUCAUACAGACCAAGUCCACUCAAUGCCUGUCCUUCUCCCUCACUGUGGCUACCCUCCUUGCCUCUGCUUCCUGGACUCUCUAUGGCCUCCAUCUCAGAGACCUCUAUAUUAUGGUGCCCAACAUACCAGGAAUUCUUACUAGCCUGGUUCGCCUGGGGCUUUUCUGGCAAUACCCCCAGGUUCAAGAAAAGAACUACAGUCUUCUUCAAACCUAAGGAUGGCUGAGGGCAUAUCAUACCUAUCUUUUCACCUGUCACCUUGGUGCCAACCUGUUGCCAAAGACUCUUCAGCUAUGCCUCCUUGGUUAACCUCUUAAGUCGCGGUGGGGUGGAGUGGAAGAACAGCCUUCUUUGGAAGCAGAGGGACCAAAAUUAGAGCUUUUAUUUGGGAGGGAUUUUCAUGUUUAUUUUUGAGAGAGAUUAUUUUUUUAAUGUGGGGUUGGGAUAAUAUUUAGUUCCAUUCUGUGCCUUAUAAUAAACUUAUCACAUACAUA